AUCAUAAAUGUUCUAUGAUGGAAGGAACUUCAGCAUUUUACACUGGAAGUGAAGAAGCAAUUAAACGUCAAGUGUCUGCAGUUGGUCUUCAGACAGAAGAGUCACAGAUUGAUGAUGUUUAUGAAAUACAACAUUGUGUUGAUUGGAUAAAACAAGCAGGAUUCAAGAGGGUUGCUUUACAGUUUCCUGAUGAUUUAAUGCAGGAUGCUGUAUCUGUCACCACAAGGCUGGAAGCCAUGGUACCAAGUACCUGUAAGGUGUUCAUACUUGGUGAUACCUCCUAUGGCAGUUGUUGUGUGGAUGAGGUUGCUGCCCAACAUUACAAUGCAGAUGCUAUGAUACACUAUGGUCGGUCAUGUCUGAGUCAACCUGUAAAGAUGUCUGUCCUUUUUGUAUAUGGAAGAUUACCUUUGGAUGUGGACAACUGCGUGCAUCAAUUUUCUAUCCUGUAUCCAGACACUUCGUCCCAUGUUGUCAUUGUUUAUGAUACAGUGUAUGCAUAUGCUUGUGAUGAAAUAAAGAACAGAUUGCGGUGCAAGUAUGAAAACUGUGUAAUGUCAAUGCUUAAAACUCGUGAUACAAAUGUAGAUCUGCCAGGUGACUUAACAGUGAUAACAAAAUGUGGAAGGACUCUCGGUCUUCCAGCAGGCAAAACUCUUAGUGACUACACGAUGUUUUACAUUGGCAGCGAGAGUUUGACCCUGAGUAACCUUAUAUACAACUUUCAGUCAAACCAGUUUUUCUCAUAUAACCCAUCCACAAGAGAGGGAAGAAGAGAAAAUGUUAACGUAAAUAAAAUAUUAAUGAAAAGAUAUUUUAUGAUUGAAAAAGCAAAGGAUGCAAGAAUUGUAGGGAUUUUAGUUGGAACACUAGGUGUGGCUAAUUACACAGCUAUAUUAAAUAGGUUGAAAGUCCUAAUUGAAAAGGCUGGAAAGAAAAGUUAUGUGUUUAUAGUUGGGAAGAUAAAUGUAGCAAAGUUAGCCAACUUUAUGGAAAUAGAUGUGUUUGUGGUGAUAGCGUGUGCUGAGAACACACUGCUGGACUCGUCUGAGUUUUAUAAACCAGUGAUUACACCCUACGAGAUGGAACUAGCCUGUAAUACAGAAAGAGAAUGGACUGGUGAAUAUCCAACUGACUUCAAUCAACUCUUACAUGACGGCAGCCAUCAUCAAGCUAUACCUGAUACAGUACAUCACGAAGAGGGUGAUGUUUCCUUGGUAACAGGAAAGAUUCGAACAUUGGGAUAUCAAGAUAAUAAUGUGGAAACUGGCACGGCGGUUGUUCUCAGGUCUGAUGCUAUGACUGUUGCAACUCAGGCUGACUCUGCAGGAGAGUACCUGAGUAUGCGAUCAUGGCAAGGUUUAGAGCAGAAGUUGGGAGAGACCCCUGUUACAAUGGCAGUUGAGGGACAGAAAGGCAUAGCAAUGGGAUACAGCGAUGAACCAAGCUGAUCUGUGAUAUUUGAAUUUUAGCAAUUUAAGUCAGUAAAUUCAUAUAACAAAAA